AUGUGGAGCAGAUUGACCGGUAGCUCUGCUGCCUCCAACAGCAACAAGGACGAGGAAAGUCGCCGCCGCCGUACUAGCGACUCCACGCGUUCCAAGCGCGACCCAGACGCCCGCUCCGUCGUGUCAUCCUCGACGACGCGCAAGCCAUCGACAUCGACCUCAUCUAAACGUGACACUGCGCCUUCCGCGUCUUCGAUUGCCUCCUUCACGACUGCCUUCGACGAGAUGCCGCGCUCACGGGCCACAACAAACAACACGAGCGGUCCCUACGACGACGACAACAUGCGUCGCGACGAUCGCCGCAGCAGCUAUGCCGAGUCGUCCAGCUCGACACUGCGCGACGACAAGGACCGCAAGACGGGCAAGGCCAAGGACAAGAAGCUCGAGAAGCGCCGCUCGACGCGCUCAGUGCGGUCCGGCAGCACGUCGCAAACGGGCGCCGGCUACAGGGGCGAGAUUGUUGACAGUCCCAAGUCGGUCCAGCGCAGCUUCAGCGGCCAGAUUGGCAGCGACGGCUUCUCGCAGUUCCCAGGACAGGCAGGAGCGCCCAUGAUGUCGGGCGCUCUGCCAGUAGGAAGCCACCCACCACACCACGACGACAUGGACGAUCACGUGCAGAGCCAGUUCCCUGGCCAGGACCCUCUGCGAUACACCUCGAGCGCGCUCCCUGGCGGCCAUCCCUUCGGAGCGGCUGCCGACUUCUACAACGACCAGGGCCAGUCAGUGCACCAACAGCCUGGCGUGAGGCCCCAGCCGCCCUCUGUCAUCAUAGGACAGGAUACCCCCCAUCUCAUGUCUGCCUCCGCGCAGCCCAACCCGGUUGCCGACACCGGAUCGGGCGCCGCUGCAGACUUCUACGGGCCCAGCACAAAUGGCUCUUCAUCCAGGCCUCCACGACCAUCGAGCUCGUCCAUGCCCGGUGCCUUCGUCGACGACACCCCGACGCCCCAGAAACCACCGCGACCCGCAUCUUCGUCGAGACCCAACAAGUCGAGCACCUUCGGCCCAGCUGCUACUGCGGCCGGCGGAGCUGCCCUGGGAUAUGCCAUGGGCCACAGCUCCUCUAAUCACGAACACACCACGAGCUACAGCUCAUCGAAUGUUCGCCCUUCUACAUCAUACUCUUCUUAUACUAAUAAUACCCCCCCGGCUGCUCCGGCUUCCACGUACAACAUGUACGGCCCGGGAUCUAAUGCUUCUAAUACCGCUGCCAACGACGGCAGCUACCUCCCACCCUAUGCUGCAGCCGCCGCCUACGGCGUGGAAGGCGCGCCUCCUCCAAAGCCACCUCGGCCAGCCAAGCCAGAAAAGCACUCGUCUGGCAGCAUGGCUGGACUGUACGCUGCUGGCGCCGCAGGACUGGCGGCUUAUGGCUUAAACCAACAUAAUUCACAUUCACACACCCACUCCAACACCCACACACACUCGCAUAGCACACACCAUCACCCGUCGGCGCACGGCCCGAACGGACAUCAUCAGAAUGGCCUUACGCCCAGUCCAUACAUCUCAGGCGGCAUGGCUCACCAGCAUCAGCACACUGGGCCUGUUUCCAAGUUUGUCGACUGGUGGAAAGACUACGAGGAUGUGCAGAAGAUGGAAGAGUACACCGAGUACAUUGGAGUUUGCAAGGGUUGCUUUGACCCUCGCUCUUCCGUUCUGGACGCCCCGCGGAAGCACCACUACUACAAACGGCGAUCCAAUGAGUUCAUGCGACCCACUGGUGGCAUUGAGAAGCAAUCUCGAUACUCGCUCAAGGAGAAGAAGUCUUGGGGCUCAAUCUCUUCGGGUGAGGAGCGUCGCAAGAACAAGAGCAGCGCCGCGGGCUGGGUAGCUGCAGGCCUGGGCGGCAUUGGCCUUGCCAAGGCUGGAAAGGCUGUCUUCAGCGCGGGCCGCGACGACUUUGACGACACAUACAGCAUCAAGUCUGGUCGGUCGAGGGUCUCACGACACAGCCGCAGCAGAUCAGGGGAUCGCAAGAGUUACAGCUAUGGCAGCUCUGGCAUCCGCCACCGGAGCAAUUCCGCCGACCGCAUUUCCGUGAUGUCCGUGGGCGUUACGAGCGACAAGAAGGACCGUAAGGAUCACAAGGUUGUUCGCCGUCAGUCUCGGUCGCGCCGUUCUCGAUCAAGCUCAACUUCAAGCUCCAACUCAGGACGCGGCAAGACAGGCCUGAUCGGCACUGCCAUUGGUGCAGGUCUUGCAGGAGUCGCCCUUGGAGCGGCCACAAAGAAGAAGCAGCACAGUCGAUCCAGGUCCCCGAAGAGGGUUCAAGUGGUUCAUCACCGCAGAGACAGCAGUGACGAUGAGCGUCGUAGGAGAAGAUCGCAUUCACUCCGACACAAAGCAUCUCGAAGCUCAACAUCCGGAGCCUCUGUCAUCGAGAUUGGCCAGAAUCACGAGUCCCAGGGUGGCUUCCUUGGAGGCUUCUUCUCUGCACCUCCACCAAAGGAGAAGCGAGUGAAGACAGCCAAUAGCCUGAAGAAAAAGAAGAAGGGCUUCUUCAGCUUCAGCAACGCUUCAACAUCCUCAUCCGACUCCGAGAUGGCAUUCGGCACCGGCUACGUAAGGAGGACGCGGAGACGAUCAUCGCCGAAGAGACGAAACUCGGAUGAGCGACUGAAAGCUUCGCUACUUGGUCUUGGCGCUACGGCUGCUGCUAUCACAGCCGCGAAGGCCGGCAAGGGCAAACGCCACAACGAGGUCGUUGCUGUUAAGGAGAACCGUCUUGGUCGCAAGACAAGUCAAACUUCGCGGCCCGCCUCACGUUACGGGGACGACGAGUGGGAGGACUUGCCAGACGAUGGUACUUCCGACUCCUCGAGUGAUGGCGGUCUCGUAUACGGCGAUUAUUCCCUGAAGAAGACCAAGAGCAACGAGUCUAUCGGAUCCAACCACUCAGGUACGAACAAAUGGGGCUGGCGAUGGGGCUUUGGCAAGAAGAGAAGGUCUUCCAACAACCUCUACGACAACAUCGCUAGUACGUCGCUCAUUGGGCCUGCCGCAGCUGGCGCAGCAGGUGCCUUGACCGGCGCAGCUGUUGGAGCUGCCCAUGGACACCACGACAGCGAGUCUAGCAGCGCUCAAACAUUGCAGUCGGUCUAUCCUGUUGCACCCCAUGACCCCAAUGCGUCGUUCGAUGCACGCCGUACAAGCUCUAUCGUCACCAAUCAGCCUAUUGUCACCUCAGGACCUGGUCCCAUCCCCAUUCAACACCCUCAGCCAGUGCAGCAAGUCCCCGGCGCCAUCUACUCAACACAGGCACCAUCACAAUCUGGGUACACCACAGCAGGUCCUUCAGACUUCCCACCAGCACCUUUCCCACCUCCUUAUCCCACGCAGUCUCAAGUUCAGAACAUUAUCAUCCAAAGUCCUCAGCAUCCUCAAUUCCGUCGGGCAAACUCUUCUCCCAUCCAAAGCUCCUCAUGGAGGCGAGAUGCCUCUAUUGCUGGACUUGCAGCGACUGCCGGAUUUGCAGCAGUUUCUGCGAUGAAACACCCCGACCGACCUCCGAGCCGACCGCCGUCCGCGUCUAGCAAUGUUCGCUUCAACUUGACACAAGAGCAGGCCGAGAAGGACCUCCGUGAGCGACGCAAGGAGCAGGAGCGACUGGACGAGGAGGCCGAGCGUCGCCGAGAACAACAGAGACGCGAGGACGAGGCGCGCCGGGAAGAGGAAGACCGAGUGCGUCGAGAACAGCUGCGACAAGAGGAAGAGGCCCGGCGAGCGGCACUUGCGCUCCGUGAGGAAGAGGAUCGCCUGCGCAAAGAACGGCAGCUGCAAGAGGAUGAGGCUCGACGGAUUGAAGAAGACCGCCGGCAGACAUUGCUCCGUUUGGAGGAAACGACACGCCAAGAAGAAGCGCGACGCCGAGACGAAGACGAGCGACGUCGCCUGGAGUUGCAACGGCAGCAGGAGGAGGCUCGCAAGUUCAUGGACAUCGAACGAUUGGCGAGGCUCGAGAACGAACGCCGUCGCGAACAGCAAGAGGUCCAGGCACGCCUCGCUCGGGAAGCCGAAGACCGCGAACGUCAUCAACGAAUGUCCGAAAUGGAGCGUCAGCGUCAGCUCGCCAUCGAGGCUGCGGAGGCUGAGCGCAAACGGAGAGAGCGCCGUGAAUCUCAACAACAAGAAGCUGAGCGCAUCGAUGCCGCGAGACGCGAAGCUGAGAUUCAAGAGGACAUGGAGCGCCGACGCAGGGAACGCGAAGCUCAGGACUACACCGACCGAUACGAGAGCGACCGAGCUCGUAAGCUUGAACAGCAGCCAACAGGAGAUUCAAUGGCUUCGACUGCCACCGUUGUACAACGCAAGGAGCAGGAGCUGCAAGACCGCGAACGCGAGGCUUUCAAGUCUGACAAGAAGUCUUCCGUUGCUGGCGCAGUAGCUGCUGGUGCUGCAGCAGCAAUCGCAACUGCUGCGAUCAAGGACUACAAGGACAACAAGGACAAGGAGAAGGAGAGGGAGCGCGAGAAGAAGCGCGACAGCAAGUCUUCGUCUUCAACGAAGAGCAGCAAGAGCGAAUCCUCCUCAUGGAAGCGCAGCAAGAACGAUUCUUCUUCGUCCAAGAGCAGCAAGAGUGAAUCUUCAUCCUCGAAGAGCAGCAAGAAGCGGGAGCCAACCAGUGUCAAGACUAUCGAGCCCAGCAAAGUCAAGCAGGACAUUUUUGACGAGGACAUCUUCAACCCCGAUAUGUUUAAGCAGAAGGACAAUUCACGCCAGGAAGCUCGCGAAGUCCUUCAAGAUUGGGAACAAAGGUACUAUGCAAAGCCAGUAUCUCAAGCUGAAUUCUUCGCACCGGAAGAGCUCUUGGCCAACGACAACCUGCCCAAGGUCCGCCCAGUAGACCCGAACGAGGGCGCUCCAGAUCUACCCAUCUACCAAUCUUGGGAAGACUAUCCUGUCAGCCAGCCCAAGCUCCCUCCUUAUCCUCCGUCGUACGCAUUCACUGCCACCAGAAAUGGUCGGUCCUCUCAACCCCAACCGCUACCUCAAGUUCCAUCGCUGAACCUCAUCUUGCCUACUCCUCCCGGUAGUCGCACACCUUCUGUGCGCAGUGCAUCUGCCCCUCCAUCACCAGCAAUGGAGCCUAUCAGGGAGACUAGAGAGACCAGACGCGAGCCAAGAGAUGACGAAUCGAACCGAGCAAGAUCUAGGGUAAGCUGGGGCGAGAACCAGUUCCACCACUUUGACGUCCCUACUCCGGAGUCCUACCGCGAACAAUUCGUCUCAGAUGGCGAUCUCAGGUCGCGUGAAGCCACGGUCGAGCGCGAGCCGCCCAAGCCCGAACAGACGACGUCCACCUACACACCCUACCGCCCCGAGAUGUCCAGAGUCCCCGAAAGUAAGGAGUCUGCACCAAGCACGCAAUACAUUCGGGACGAGAAUGACUCCAGUUGGGACAGUGUCGUGGAUGCUGCUUCCAAGAAGAGCAACAAGAAGGAGAAGAAGUCAGCAGCAGCGGCAGCAGCUGCAGCACUAACGACUGCAGCGGUUCUUUCCCGAGAUCAACGAGAUCAAGAGGACGAGCGUAGCUACAGACGCGACAAUCCAACUGCAUCUGCCCUGAGCAACCCGACUGCAUCAAACCUCAGCAGUGCGACUUCCUACGAUUUCAGCGAUCCAACUGCGUCUACCGUCAGCACUGUUGUCAGCAAUGCCACUGCAGCUGGAUUCAGCAAUCCUACCGCGUCUUCCCUCAGCAACCCGUUCUCUGAUGGAAACAGGGCCCCAUCCACUAUCGCUCCAUCGAUCAUCUCAGCUGCACCAUCUUCCACAGUCACCCCUUCCAUCAUCUCAGCUGUGCCAUCUACGAGCAGCGUCCAGACGGCAUACUGGCAGCCUGAGUCAGAGCGCGACGCGUGGAGGACGCCCCAACAGAGUACAGUGGGACCUGGCUUUGUUGAAGGCGAGAUUCCUACACCGCCAGUGUCGAUGCACAUGCCCGGCGGCUGGGACGACAUACCUGAGUCUGAGGUGUUCGCAGAAGAGCCGCCGGCAUCGUCCGCGAAGAAGGACACAAAGGGUAAGAACAAGACUAACGAUACUGACGAAGUUGUAGCUAUGCAGAAUGUUUCUCGACGUGGAGAGCCAACACCUGCAGUGAAAGAGAGGGAAGCGGAGCCAGAGGUCAAGCUCAGCAAGAAGGAGAAGAAGGACAAGAAGAAGAAGUCCAAGUCAUCGAAGCGAGCUAGUGUGGACACUUGGGAGAUGAGUGAUCCCAGUCCGCCAUCAAGCCCUAUCAUGGAACGCGAUCCCAGGGACAUUGAGCCCUCCCGAGAUCCCAGGGAUAUUGAGCCUUCUCGACCUGCUGAAACCUCACGUUUCGCCGACUCUUCUCGCUCAACUGAGCCAUCUCGAUCUGCCGAACCACCACGUCUAGGAGAAGCAUUCCAAGAGUCCCCUAGUCCUCCGAAGAAGCCCGCGCGACAAGGUGAGAGUAGCGGCAGUAAAGCCUCCACCGCUGCCAUGGCCGGUGGUUUCGCUGCUCUAAUGGGCAUGACCAUGAACCAGGAUCAAAACAGGAUGGCCUCGGAUGCCGAGCGUGCCAGGAAGGAUCUUGAGUCCACAGAGAAGCACCAUUCACGCGACUCUCCUGUAUCUCCACCGAAUGGCGCACGUGCACUCGAACGAAAUGAGAAGAAUGUGACAAUCCCAAGCUACGCAUUUGAGGGCGUUGAGGAGCUGGCCGAUAAGACACCCAGGCCGAAAGUCCAGAAAAGACACAGCAGCGGCAAAUGGUCACCCAGCAUCAGUUCUCCUCUCAGGACCGAGACGACGUAUGACGACUACAUAAACGCCCGCACCAUUUCCGAUCCUUCCAGAUACCAAACGAUGGUCGAGGCCCCAAAGGUCCCCACUGCAGCGCCGUUCACGAUGGCGCAUGAUCCAGUCACCGCUCGUAACGUAACCGACUCUGGGUACUAUGCUCCCGACGAUGUGCCAAGUCGGGCGGGCAACGAAAAAGAAUCGAACGGAUUCUAUCCCGCAGACUUCAACGAGGAGGCGAAGGACAGGCACUCACGAAACGAUCGCGACCAGGAUGUCGAUGACAGAUACGACGAUGAUUUCGACGACAGACCACGCAGGUACGACGAUGACGAUGUGGGCUCAAUCGCUUCUCUGAGCUACAAGUAUGACGACCCCGAUCGCGAGGAGAGACGCCGCAGACGUCGCGAAGCCAAGUCCGAGACACGUGAGAAGAGCCACGAUCGCGGUUACGAUCUUGAAGAGGGUGGAGAACGGAGGCGAAGACAUCGCCAUCAUGAGGCUGAUGAAGGCGCUGACGACUGGGACACAAAAUCCGCCAUCUCCGAGACUGGCGAGCGACGACGCAAGCACAGGAGAAGGGAUGGCGACAGAGACGCAUCACCCGAGACCAAGACUAGAUCACGCUCCACAGCAGCUUCCGAACUCGGCGACUACGAUGAUGAUCGCAAGUCCUCCCGGAGACGAUCCAAACGAGAUGAUGACAUGGUUUCCGUCGUAUCCUCAAUUCCAGAUCUAGACGAGGAUCGCAGCUCAAGGAGGGAGAAGGAGAAACGUCCAAGUGGCUUCCUGGGCCUUUUCGGCAGCAAGUCGAGGGAGAACUUGAAAGAAGCUUCAAGCAAGUCCUCGAAAUCUAAGGACGACGACGAUGAAGAACGCAAACAUCGUAGACGGAAGCAUCGGUCGGAUCGCGGUUCUACCUACGGCGGCUCAGACGAUGAUGACAUGCGCUCCACGAUCUCGACCAGUAGUCGACGCGAAAAGAGGAGCAGCCGCAGUCGUAGCGAGAGAGGAGACGGAGACAGGACGGAUGCUUAUGAUGACAAGGAUCUCUUACAACCUCGAACCCCGCCCUCGCAUGCCGAUGAACAACAACAACCACAACAGCAGUCUUUUUUAGGCGAUCGGGCAGUGACCACAGCCACUCCAAGUCCACUGCCCGUAAGUGAGCCUGUCGAUCAGGCCCACGAGGGUAGUGGCAUAAUCCUUGGAGAUCGGGCCGAGUUUCCUCUUUCGUCCUCGGAUGAUGCCCAACGCUUCACCGCCUCUGGAGACAACGAUCUACCGCCCGAACUAUCGUUCGAAGACAGCCGCGCGCUUCUAACCCGUCUUACAGGCCUUCAGCCUUGGCAGCUGGAAGCUUUCCCCGAUGAGCUACCUCCGCUGCCGCUGUCUAGGCCAGGUUCGCCAACACGUUCGCCAGACGUCACACGUCCUUCGACCGCGAUUUCUCAACGUCGACUAUCAUCAACGGCAGUUCCCAUACGCUUCCGCAAGCCCGUUAUACCCUCUACCGUUGACCCUAGCUUAGCAGCUGAGCCUCUUCCUGGCCCUUCACCGACUCGUUCUCGCCAUGGCAAGACGCACUCCACAGAGUUUAGGAACUCUCGAGAGUUCCGACCUUUGUAUCUUGUGGAGCGCAACCGCAAGUCCAAUGAGAUCGAUGAAGUGUUGCCAGCACUUCCACCCAGUAGUGCCUCUUCAGUAGUCUCUGGCGCGGAUUCAGAAGAAGAGUUUGAGUCUGCUCAGGAGUCACCUUAUGAGAGCGCUGGACAGUCAUCUUAUGACUCAUUUUUCGAUCCUUUGAGUGCCGUAGCUGACCUUACUGCGCCCAGCCAUGGACCGGAGCUUCAGCAUCCCGAGCUUGCCCAUCGCGAGAUUGAAGAGGUCGAAGAAUCUGGCCAAGCUACACCCAAGGCCUCUGACUACUUCACAGAUGCCCAGCAAGCGUCGGCACCGUCUAGCGGUCCAAACUAUGAAUCGCUCACCGCGGCACUGGAGCAUGCCAGAGCGCAGGAACAGGAUUCGUCCACCGACGAUUUCAUGUCGACUUUGACCUCUCCACAGGCGGAGACUCCUCUUGAGACAAGCGCGCCGCUCGACGACAAGAUGAUGCGCGACGUUCCCAAGUCCCGCGACACUACUUCUGUCCCAUCGAGCAGCUCAUCAAGACUUCAAGAUGCUGCUCUUAGCGCAGUAGUAGGUGGUUUGACAGCGGCUGCUUUGCGAAAACGAUCUCCUUCACCAACUCGAUCUCAGCGCGAUGACACCAAAGACAAGGCUUCGUCAGCUGCUGAGCCAGAGCAACCUGAGCCCGAAACCAUCGAACCUGUUGUCGAACCAUCGCCAAAGGGCAAGGGUAAGGCCAAGAAGACCAAGAAAAGUAAGAAGGGUAAGGAGCCCGUCGCCGCCGAGUCCCCCGUAGCCCCAUCGCCUGUUAUUCCAUCGCCCGUAGCUCAAUCACCCGAGGAGAUAAUCAAGCCAUCGCCCUCCUUCAGCUUCGCCACUACGUUCGUUGACAACGAGGAAGAUUGGGCCAAGAACAGGACUGAGUCCGUCGUUACGGACGAUGCUACGCUUGUCGGCGAGCCUGUCGGAACGCCCAAGGAUACCAAGGCCUUUCGACAGAAGGUUUUGGACACUACUGCACCAAAAGAGGACGAAUCCACCGAGGUCAGACGCGCGGUCUUUGAUGACAUCCCUCAAGAAGCUGCUAGGUCAAUUGAGCCUGUCGAAGAGGCAAAGCAGGGUCUUGGGAUUACUACCGAGCCAGCUGUUACUCCUCUGGAAGUUUCUCAAGACGCUCAUGUCGAGCCUAGCUCUUCCAAGUCUGCUGAACCCUCAGUUUCUGAGCCUGCCAUCGAGGAGGAAGUUGCGGCUACACCCAAGUCGAAGAAGGCGAAGAAGAACAAGAAGGGUAAACGCGGCAACAAGCAAGCUGAGCCCGAGCCCGAGCUCGAACCCGCAGCUCUACCGGAAGUUUCAACGCAAGAUGACCAGAUCUUGCCUUCGUCGGAGUCGCAACAAGACACCAUUGAACGCGAUAUCCUCGAGCCAUCUUUCGAACGCGAAGAGCCCAAGGACAAAGCCGACGAGCCCAAGGACAAGGUUGAUGUCAUGGACUUCUUGGUUCAAGAAGAGGCACCAGCCGCUUCAGCCGAUGAAGCAGUUUCGCAAGAGGCGGUGCCUGCACCUACUGCUCCAGCAGUCCCCGAAGAACCACCAGCUCCCUCGACCGACGAAGCAGUCCAGCAAGAGACAGAGCCUGUACCCAUUACUCCAGCAAACCCUGAAGAGGCCAAGUCGGAAGUUUCAGCUGGGCCUGCCACACCAGAGGUUCCAGCUCGGCCUAGCACAGCUGACGGCGCCGAACAAGCCAAGAACACUCCCGUCGAAGAAAACCGCCGAGCCUCUGGGAUCGAAGGGCAAUCGGCAGGUUCAGGCUGGGGUUCCGGCCUGUGGGGUGCUAUUGGAUGGGGCAAGAAGAAGGCCCCGCCGCCGCCAACAUCCGAGCCUCCGUCUUCUCCGAAGCCCCAAUCUGCCGUCCUCGCCGCACUAGCUGCAGCCAGAGAAGAGGCCAAGCGCAAGUCACAACCAUCCUCGCCAACUGUGUCCGAGAGGAAGAGUUCCAAGUCCGAAAAGAGGCCUUCAAUUUCUCGAGUAAAAACGCAGGAUGAGACUUCAAAGCCGGAGCUGUUGCAGAAGAUUGAGUCUAGGAGAUCGUCUGUUCCUACACAGCGACCUACUGAGGCCACAACCCGCGAAAUUAUCAAGGAAGAGGCCAGCUCGAGCAUCGCUCCUCCUACUGCGGUCUUCACUGAUGAUGGAAAACCUUCCUUCGCAUUCCCUCAGCCAUCAGCGGCUCCUCAGGAACUAUCUAUCGAGACUCCCAAGGACGGUCCUGUAGUUGAAGAGAAGGCUACAAAGCCAUCUGAAGAUGCCACGCCAUCUACUGCCUUCUUCACUGACGACGGCAAGCCGUCUUUCACAUUCCCACCGGUAUCCUCCGCGCCUGCAGCUGAACCAACGACCAAGCCCGAAGAAGCCCCUGUUGCUAAAGAGGAGAAGAGCCCUGCGUUCGUGUCGCCACGGACCGCGUUCUUUACCGAUAAUGGGAAGCCAUCUUUCACCUUCCCCACAAUGCCAUCCGCCCCCGCGGUCGAGCCAAGCGUCGCAUCGAGCGAAGUAUCUCUCGCGGAGGAGACACCGGCUCCUGUUGACGUCUCGCCACGAAAUGCGUUCUUCACAGAUGACGGCAAGCCUUCGUUCUCGUUCCCUUCUGUGCCGUCUGCAACUAUCGAGAAAACUCCUUCGGUCGCGAAGGAAGCAGAGGUUGCGGAAGAGCAGAAGAAGCCUGUGUUUGUCGCGCCCCGAAGCAGCUUCUUCACUGAUGAAGGAAGACCUUCAUUUGCAUUCCCAUCAGUGCCAAAGUCUACUGAGCAUACUGCCUCAACUGCCGAUGGAAAGGCCCCUGCGAAGACACAAGAGCCAGCUGUGUUCAUUGCACCUCAGACCAGUUUCUUCACCGAUAAUGGUAAGCCUUCGUUCACGUUCCCAUCAGUGGCAGCACCCGCCCAGCCCUCGGCAACGGUCAGCAAAGACACCAUCGUCGAAGAGAAGCCUGCUGAGCAAUUGUCUCUUGGCCGAAGUGGCCUGUUCACUGAUGCUGGAAAGCCCACCAGCACGAUCUCUGACUUCGUCCCGACCGAGUCUGGCGGUUCAGCUUACGACCGUAUCUCGGUUGAACCCAGCUCGUCAAAGAAGAAGAUCAUCAAGACCAAGAAGGAGAAGAAGGCGAAGAAGAGCAGCGUACCGAUUCCCGAUUUCGAUGAGCCUGCAGCCGACGCUGCCAAGUCCGUCGAUGCUCCAGUUGACGCGGCGGCAAAGGAUCUGGGCGACCAGGUGACCGCGGAGCCUGUCAAGCCUGAACCUGAAGCAGACAAACCUGCGGAGACUCCUUUGGAAUCUGCGAUAGAAGCUUGGGGCGAACAGCUAGUAUCUGAGUCAACUCCUCUGACUGAAGAGCCGCCUAUCGUUGAUUCUGCCGAACGUACCGUCAAGCUCGAGCAACCAGCUACUACAGAGUCAAUCACCAUCGCCGAAGAUGAAGUCACGUCACCUGUCAGCAAGAAGAAGGCCAAGAAGAGCAAAAAGAGCAAGAAAGCUGAACUCGAAAGCACUGAGGUCGAGACCGCAACCCCAACGACUCCGACCGAACCUGCUGUUGAGCGUUCGCUGGAUGCUUCUGCAAGCGAAUCUGCACCUGUCACCGAGACUGUUGCUGAACCGGUAUCCGCAGAGGUCGUGCAGGAGAAGAUCGUUCCCUCUAACACGGAGGCUGCAGAACUUGUAUCCGAGCUCGCACCGACUGUCGAAGAGCCUUCCCGUGAACAACCUUCUCUGCCUCUCGAUGUGGCCACACCAGCAGAGCGUGAAGCACCAGUUGAGUCCUCGCCUUCUGUUCAAGACGAUGCGCCAAAGACGAAGAAGAGCAAGAAGAACAAGAAGAAGAGCGGUAUCUCCACGCCUCAGGAGGAGCCUAUGACUGCUACCGAGCCAUCUUCUGUUACAGCUUCUGAGUCUAUCGCCGACCAGCCGACUUCCGUUCCGGACGUUAUCCACCCUCCUGUUGUCGAGGCCGUUGACAUUCCUUUGCCUGCGGAGCAACCCGAUGAAGACCUCACACAGCCUCUCGAAGAGGCAUUCCCCAGAGAUUCCCCUGCCGAGCAGGAGCCAAUUCUAGAGCCCUCUUCUGCACCUGUAGAAGCUGAGCUUCCUGCUACCCCGAAGACCAAAAAGGGCAAGAAGAGCAAGCGGAAGAGCGGCACUGUGACACCCCAGCGUGAGGCCGAAGUUGUACCUGAGCAGACCGAGGCACCUUUCGAGACAUCUGCCCCGAUCAGCGAACCAGUCGCAACUCCUCCAAGCGAAGUAGUUGAUCGAUCCCGCGACAUCGAGCUACCUUCAUCGGCAGAGCAAGCUGCCACUGUAGAGACCUCUCUACCCGAGCAGAAGCGUGACGAUGGAGCUGAUGCCGCGACUGUCCCUCUCCCAACAGAGAGCUUCGAUGAAGAUCUCUCUACUCCAUUAGAGCAGCCAAAAUCUGUGGACGAGAUUACUCCUUCUGCUGAGCCGGCGGUCGAGGAGACUCCAUCAACACCCACUUCGAAGAAAGACAAGAAGAAGAAGGGGAAGAAGAGCAAAACUGUCGAGACGCCUGUGGAAGAGGUUGUGGUUCAAGAGGAGGAGAGCAAGAGCAGGGAGAUUGGUCAAGGUCAGGGACUCUUUGGUGCGGAGACAUCAGUCAAGGAGAAUGUUGAUGCGAAGGAUCUGGCUACCGAGGAGACUGAACCGGCUCAUCCCAGAGAGCAGCUACAGUCAGACGUUGCGGAGCGUGCGAAAGAGAUCUCUGCACCAGCUGAACCAACUCGACUUGAGCCCCUGUCUGAGGCUCCCAUCGUCCCGACAGAAGAUGCACCAAUCGCCGAGCCAAGUCAGCCUGCGGAUCUAGUCGUCGAUGAUGUUGCCGAGGCCCCAUCUUCUUCUAAGAAAGACAAGAAAAAGAAGAAGAGCAAGAAGGCGAAGACUGAUGAGGAGACUCUGGCUACCCCGACCACCGAUGUCCAGCGCGAAAUGGAGCUAACUCGACAGGCUCCUGAAGCUCAACCCGUUACUGAAGCUCUGCCUGAACAGCAACAUCGCGAGCCUGUUCAAGAAGUAUCGGUCGAUGUUGUUCCGGAACCCAGCGCGGUUGUUGAAGACAAUGCCGAAACCGCCGAAAGGCAGACUCCCAUGGACGUUCUAACUCCUGCACGAGAAGCCCCGGUCGAAGAGCCAACACAACCUGCCACGCCAUUGGAGGAAGAGCCUUCUACGCCAUCAAAGAAGUCCAAGAAGAAGAAGGCCAAGAAGGGUAAAUCUGUCGAGAUUGAACCCACUUCUGUAGACCCAGCCGAUGUGCAGACGGAGACUCAAGCUUCUAUCGAAGCCGCUGGACCUGAAUCUGAAUCAAUUGUGGACGCCGCACUCGCUGGAUCUUCCAAGCCAAUCCAAGAGGCUCAGGCCGAGACCGAAGCAAUCGCAGCAGACCGAGCGAUCGAAGUCGCGCCUGAGGUUCCUGUAGAGUCAGUCGCCGGAGCAGAGGCGGUGCCCCUUCCAGAGACGCCGGCCCGCGAGAUCGAUGAGCCCAUCGCGGAGGUUUCUCAGCCUUCGGUGCUUGCCGAAGAUGUUCCAUCAAAGUCAUUGCAAGAGGUUUCAACCACCGAGGCAGAAGCAGUACCGCUUCCAGAGACGCCAGCCCGAGAGAUCGACGAGCCGAUCGCGGAUGAUCUGCCAGCGACGCCAUCGAAGAAGAGCAAGAAGAAGAAGGCUAAGAAGGGCAAAUCACUUGACACUGAGCCAAGCACGCCUGUCACUGAAGUAACUUCUUCUCAACCAGACCCGUUCGCGGAAUCUGCUCAACCUGAGGUGCCCACAGCUGAGACUACCCAAUCGGUGCCAGUGGAGACUUCCAAGCCGGAGCGCGAGACUCCAUCGGCUGAGCUUGUCGCUCUUCCCGAGACCGACGACAAGGAUUUGGAAGAGCAGAGAAUGCCUCAAGUUGAGGCCGCGAAGUCACAAGAAGAAGCACCACCAGCUGAGCUCGUAGCUCUUCCUGAAACCGACGACAAAGACCUCGACGAGCCUGCAAUUCCCCAAGUCGAGGCUGCGGAGAACGUUCCUGCUGUUCCUGAAGUCGUUACCGACAUCUCUGAUAAGGUGGAUGCCACACAGCCAGAGCGCAGCCAAGACCUCGACGUUCUUGUGGCUCCCGCUGAGCCUGUCGCCGAAGCCGAACCAGCUGAGCCAAUCUCGAAGAAGAGCAAGAAGAAGAAGGGUAAGAAAGGCAAAUCCAUCGACACUACUGAGCCCAGCACACCGGUUACUGAGGAGCCAGCACCACUGUUCGACGUCCCUUCUGAGCUUGUUCAAGAGGAGAAACGUAUUGAGGAUACUUUGUCGCCUUCGCAGGAAACGACUCGCACAGUCGUUGACAUCGAUGAGCCUGCACUCGUCCAGGAGAGCGUUACGGACGUUCCAUCCGCGCAGCAGGAUACGCCCAUUGAGGAAGCUUCGGUUGCGCCUACCCUUUCCAGCCAAGACAUCGAGAAUGAGGGUGCCGAGCCUGUCUCGAGGAAGGGCAGGAAGAAGGCAAAGAAGGAGAAAGCCAACCAAGAGGCCGAGGCUGAGCAAAUCCCAGCGACGCCUCUGUCUAAGCCUGUUGCGGAAGAUACUGCUGCCGAUGCCAAGCUUGAUGUCAACCUCGAGGCAGCUGCACCCGCAACCACUGAGCAGCACCAGACUGUCAAACCUUCAGAGGUCGAGCCCAAGGUCGCCGAUGCCUCUUUUGAGAAGCAGACCGAGCCUGCUGCCGACGUUGGCGACUCGGUAGCACCUCUUGAGACUACAGAGCGUUCAUUCGACGAUGUUGCAUCAGCGGAGAGGACACUGCCCGAGACUUCACAAGUUCAAGACCAGGUUGAGGCCGAAGAUGCUCCCAGCACACCCAAGAAGAGCAAGAAGAAGAAGAAGGGCAAGAAGGGAGAGUUGGUCUCCGAACCUCAGACUCCCGUUACCGAGUCUGAGUCAGUCUUCCCGGGAACCACUGUCCAAGAAGCGCUCCCAUCUACCGCUGCGACCACUGAAGAACUGGUUGGUCGCGAUGUUGCGCCCGAGCCUACUGCCGAUGUUCUGCCUACGACUGUCGAGACCCCCACUACUGAGCAAGACGUUCCCGCUCCCACAGAACCAGCGCAGGUUGAGGAAGUGGUUCAGGCGAUCGAUCUUGAGCCAGCACGUGAUGAACCCGUCCCAGAGCAAGCCACCGAGGAAGCGACACCACUCUCAAAGAAAGACAAGAAAAAGGCCAAGAAAUCCAAGAAGGCUGAAGUUGAGAGUGAGAUGCCUGAGGUAUCUUCUGCGCCAGUCGAGACUGUCUCGCGGACCGUUGACGAGCCAACUCGCGAGGAACAAGUUCUGCCGACUGUUCAGGAGACACCCAUCGAAGAGCCCGUCGCUGAGACACAGACCGUUUCCGGGGCUACAUCUCCCAAGUCGAUGCCAGUGGUUACCGCAGGUCAAGAUGAUGUACUUCCAAGCGAUCCUCUAGCUGAAGACGCCGCGGCCACCACCCCGAUCGAGACCGCGCCUGCAGCUGUGGCACAAGAUGAGGUUACGGUUGAUGAGAAGGACGUUGCGCUUGUAACUGAGCAGCAAGAGGAUGAGUCAGCUUCCAAGAAGAGCAAGAAGAAGGCUAAGAAGGCCAAGGGUACUUCCAUUAUUGAAGAGCCUACCGUGAUUCCUCUUCCUGAAGCGACAACCGAGGAAAAGGAGACUAGCCAACCUGAACAAGCAGCGACUGUACCUGAAACUGCGACAGAGCCGACACCUGUGCCUACCAUCGUUUCUGAUACCCUCCCGGAGACCGCCACAACCGAGGAGCUUACAUCCGAUACUGGGCCCGUGCCUGAAGUGUCCGUCGAACACGAUGCUCGUAUCGAUACCACAGCCCCAUCCGUUCCUGAGGCUUCGGUUCAAGAGCGAGAGGAAGCAUCAGUUUCCAAAGAGCCAACUGUUGAGUCCAAGCCGACUGAGGAGACGCUGGCUGCCGAUGCACCCGUACCCGAGAUCACUGAGGAAGCGGCCGCUCCACUCUCGAAGAAGGACAAAAAGAAGGCAAAGAAGGCGAAGCGCGUUUCGAUCGCCGAAGAGCCCACUUCUAUCCCGUCAACUCCCAUUGAAGAGAAGACUGAGCCUGUAAUCGAAGAGUCUACGCUCUCUACACCUUCAGUUGCAGAGGUACCCGCCUCCGACGUUCCUACCAUCGAAGAAUUGCCAAGCACUGUGUCCGACGUUACUGAAGACACUUCAUCUCAUCCUACGCCUGCCGAACAGCUCGUUGCUACACCUGAGCCGGCUUCAGAAGAACUAAGUCAGGUUGAGGCUGUGCCAGAGAUUACCAGUCCAGUCUCGAAGAAGGAUAAGAAGAAGUCGAAGAAGUCAAAGCGCGAAUCGAUCGUUGAGACUGAGACGGAUACUCAAGAGGAGACGCCUGCAGAAGAGCCAGUCUCUGCCACCAUUCUGACCGAGACUUCGGCAGAGGAGCCCGUAGCGACAUCUUCGACCAUCGAUGAACCAGCCACACCUUCCAAGAAAGACAAGAAGAAGGCGAAAAAGAGCAAGCGUGUAUCAGCCGCGGAGGCUGAGCCAUCUCUGCCUUCCACUCCGGUUGAUGAGUCUGCUAGAGAGCUUACGGAAGCUGUCAAAGACGUUCCUACUGUUGAACAAGAGCCUGCCGUACCAGCAGUUGACCAGAAAGAGCAGUCGGACGUUGCCCCUAACGUUUCCGAGGUUACAACAGCCCCCACUUCUGUUGUUGAUCAGACCGUCACGGAACCUACGGAAGAAGAGGAGGCGUCGUCGGAAUCAAAGAAAGACAAGAAGAAGGCCAAGAAAGCCGCCAAGAACGCUGAGGUUGAGGCUUCUGAACCUAUUCUCCCCGCCGAGCCUUUGACCGAAGCAGCUGAAACUACUUUGAUCGAGCAGCCUUCCUCGGUGGUGCCUGACACGACAAUUACGACUAUCGACGAGGCUCCGCGUACGGAUGUUGACGAUUCGAUAGCCCCUGCUAUAGUCGCCACUGAGGACAACAAAGGCAAGGAGCCAGCUACCAGCCGCGAUGUGAACGACUCUACCAAGAACGAACAGCUCAGCAUUGCGCCUACAGCUGACAACGCGGUCGAGACCACCACAUCAGACGCACAGACUAUUCCCAGCACCACUGCCACCUCUACAGAUGUCCAGCCGGACGACGAGCAAGAACCAGAGGAAUGGGCUGGGCUAUCGAAGUCGCAAAAGAAGAAGCUGAAGAAAGCCAAACGCGCGUCCGUUGCGGAGGUAGAACCAUCCCGGCCAGCCACACCUGCAGAGGAUUUGUCAAAGGUUCUUUCUGCCGAGCCUCAGUCAGCUGUUCCCGAAGUGGUUAAGGAGACCAUUACUGAGCAAUUAUCCCAAGCGGAUGAACCCCGUGCCCUGCCAGUCGCGGAACCUACCAGCGAGGCGAAGCAGGCUGAAGCAUACCUCGAGCAACCCACCGCAACUUCGGAGCCAACAACCGCCUCAACCCCAGCUGAAGACCCUGCACCAACUACUGCUACACCAGACCCGUCACCAGGCGAUCCCAAGCCGCCAGACAGAGAGCUCGAAGCGCCUUCGUCCCCUUCCUCCUCCAAGAAGGACAAGAAGAAGGCCAAGAAGCAAGCUAAGAAGGCAACACCUGCGGAGCCUUUUUUAGCAGAUGAGACGCCUGAGGCAGCCAACUCUGAUACUCAGCCGUCUCUGUCGAUUCCUACACUUUCGGAGACCCAACUACCUUUCUCGGGGAUACCGACACAAUAUCCCCAAUCUUUUACGAAUAACGAGCUUGUUGAUGAUUUUGAUGAUAAGAAGGAGGUGGAGAUUGAUGAUGCGAGGGAGGAGAGGGAACGUGAGGAGGAGAAGAAAGACGAGGAAAAGGGGGAUGUUGAGAAGGAGAUAGUGGAAAGAGGAGUUGAGGAAGAGCAGGAGAAGAAGGUGGAGGAGGUGGUUGCCGAGGCUGAACAGCGUGGAGAGUCUGCGGUUGUAGUUGAGGGGUUGCCAGAGCAGACUGCCACGGAGGCUAUCGCUACUGAGGAGAAGUCAGUGGAAGUCGAACAGCCUUUCGAGUCGACCGCGCCGCAAGAGCCCACGACUGCCGUUGCAGACGUUGCCGAGAAGGACAUCGAUGAGCAAGCACCUAUCGUGGAAAACCUUGCGUCUGAGACAAUCAUCCCAGUCGAUUCCGCCGUUACUGAGCCAUCUGUGGCGCUGGAAGCCGACUCAGCGCCCACACUAGAAGACCCAAUUCCAGUAGAGACGCACCAAGAACCCACACCUACUGCGAUGGUCGCUGAAGAGGACCAACCGACUGCUCUGCCGCAACAAGACGAGCUCAAGGAAGUUGUGGAGGAAGCUUCUCAAACACCAGUGGCACAACCGACCCGUUCACUCGACGAAGCUGAUGACUUGGCCACCCCUUCUAAGAAGAAAAAGAAGAACAAGAAGGGUAAACGCGCGUCUAUCCCAGAGGAACAAGAGCAAGCCAUCAGCGUUUCUGAGCCUGAGCGCGACACCGCGGAAGAGCCAAGCGAAGACAUUACGGUUGCAGAACCCAAGGAACCAGUCGCUUCUACAGCUGAGGAUGUCAAGCCUUCGGAAGAUGCAACACGCGUUGAAGACAUUGAGGUUGCGCAUCCUUCCGAGCCUCAAGCAGAUGCAGAGCCUACUGUCGAACAAGUCGCCCUUCGCAAGGACCAACACGUAACGCCUGAUGUCCAAGAGCAUGUAUCUGUUCCGGUUACGACAGACGAGCGCCAGGAUUCAACCACACAGCCCGAGACUCCUGCUUCUUUGCCUGAGGUGACCAAAGAAACGACCAUCGCGGAGCCUGUGCCCCAAAAUGCUGAACGUACCGUUGAAAACAUCGAAGAGCCGACCUCUUCAAAGAAAAGCAAGAAGAAGAGCAAGAAGGCCAAGCAGGCGUCGUCUAUCGAGACCGUUCCUGAAGUCCAGUCUUCCCAGCCAGAGGAGUUGCCAUCCGUUCAUGUUGAGCCAACCCCGCUGGCGUCUGAACCAGUCAACGAAUCAGAAGUGUCACGCGAGGUCACGGUUCCUGAACGGGUCGAGGAUGUUCAACCAGCAGUUCCGACAACAGACGACAAGACUACCGGCCCAGAAGAGCCGAUCUCGAAGCCUGUCGAAGAGACGCAGCAACCUUCGCUACCAAGCAUCGAACGUGACGCGCCCGCUGAGGUUCCAGAAAUCGUAUGCGAGCCUCCGACAACAACACAGCUUGAGCCAACAACUCCUGCUGCCCUUCAAUCGCCCACGGAGGAGCUUCCCGUACUUUCGCUCUCGAAGAAAGACAAGAAGAAGAGCAAGAAGGCCAAGAAACAAUCUCAAGCGGAAGAAGUAGUGGAGCAGACCACUCCUGAUGUACUUCGAGACUUACCUCGAGAUGUUACUACGGAGGCCGCGCCUACUCCGGUCAUUGAAGAAGUUGCCGACGCGAUCGUCGAGCCAAUUGCUGAGCCGGUCUUGGAGCCGGUGGCCGAGCGAGCCAUUGAACCAGCGACCGAGACAACGCCGGUCAUUGAGUCCACACCAGUUGAAGAUGUAUCCGCACCAAAGCCUGAGGACAUCCCAUUCGUUCCAGAGACUACCGUCAACGAGCCGAUAACGUCUGAAGAUGCACCAGUACCUGUCACCGAAGACACCCGCGAAUCCUCAGAGCUUGCGGAAUCAAAGCUUGAUCAAGAAGUGAUCUUCAAGCCUGUAGAAGACGCCGCUCAGGUACCGCUACCUGAAGAUCGCAUCAUCAGCCCACCAGCCGAGACAGUUGGGGAGGAGUUUGUCGGCCCAAUCCAGCCUGAGAUCACAUCAGGUGCCCAAGACGAGCAACUUUUGACCCCAAUCGUAGAGCCAGAGGCUCCACUCGAGAUCGCUGAGGCCGCACCGUUGUCCAAGAAGGACAAGAAGAAGGCCAAGAAGGCGAAAUCGAAGGCUUCCGAUGCUAUCACGCCUGUCAAUGAAGUCGCAGCACAGCCCGGGGUCGAAACCGUCCAAGAUGUUGGCGCUAGCAUCAAUGAGCCAGCGACUCGGGAUGUGCCACUUUCUUUGCCUCAGGAAGCUGCUGUAGUUGAGACCAUUGUCCCUGCGAUUGACCAAGAAUCUCCACUGGAUGACCGCGCACUUUCCAUGCCUCCAACGGAGGAGAUCAAGGAAGAAAUCGAGAAGUCUGAUCCUACGCCGUCUCUCGUUCAAGCCAUUUCAACGCCACUGCCUGAUACUGCUCAAGAGCCUAUCAUUGAGCGACUGAUCGAAGAGGUGCCAGCCAUUGAUGCACCAGUUACUGCGGUGCAAGAGACUCCUGUUACACAGGGAAUCGCAAUCGAGGAUCACAUCGAGGAGACAGUCAGCCAAAAUGUGCCAGACACCACUGUCACUCCAGCGAUCGUUGAAGAGCGACCUUCCGAUGUACCAACGACGGACGUUGAGCCUCAAGCCGAGGAGCCAGCAUCCCCAUCGGUCUCCAAGAAGAGUAAGAAGAAGGGCAAGAAGUCAGAUGUCACAACCCCAGCUCCCGAAGCCUUGCCUACAGCAGACUCCGACAACAUUGCUGUCAACACCAAAGAUGUCGCAUUUCCUCAGCCCGAAGUACAAGACCCUGUCGCACCGGUCAUAGACGACCACCCGCAGGUUGAGGAGGUCACGAUCCAGCCAGAGAUUCCUGUACUGCCAGAGACCGUCAGUGAAGCACCUGCCACCGAGACUGCACCUACAGUCAACGAACCAGUUUCGGGACCAGAGACGACCGUCGUCGAGGAAGUCAAGAAUGAGACCGUUUCGCAGGAGCCCGUUUUUAAGCGUAAGCUGAGCAAGAAGGAGAGGAAGAAGGCCCAGAAGCAGGCCGCUGCUCAGUUCGAGGAAUCCAUCGUUGAGGGGGAGCCAGUCGUGAAACCAGCCACGGAGCCAGCCACGGAAUCUACUAUCGAGCCUGUUGUCGAGUCCACCGUCGAGCCUAUCGUCGAGCCUACCGUCAAGCCAGCGACGGUAGAACCAGCGCCUGCAGUCGAUCCCACUACGGUUGAGCGUGUUCAAGAGACUGACCCAGUGGUACAUGAGUCUGUUGUUGAGUCUUCAUCUUGGCGCGAGGCACCAGAAUCGGCGAUCGAGGCUUUGCCUCAAGAAGCAACAGUGGAGGACACAAUUGUCUCCACUCCAAAGAAGAGCAAGAAGGCGAAGAAGGACAAGAAGAGCAAGACGCAAUCUGCUGUCUCUGAUCUCCCCGAGGAGCCUGUCAAAGAAACAUCGAUUCUUCCUGAGCAAGUACAAGCAACGGAAACGUUCGAGACUGAGCCCGCCGCCACCCAACGACUGCAGCCUAUCAACCUACAGGAUCAGGACACAACGAUCCCGGAGACUGAGCCAAUGACUUCGACGACCGCUCAGAUCGAGGAGACGACAACGGAGUCUGUGAAGACGGAAGAGCCUGUUGUCCAUGCCAACAUUACUCCCGAAGUGAUCGAACAGCCUCAACAGCCGGCUUUCUCACAAGAUAUGGACGUCGACAAGCUACCAGGAGAUGUCCCAACAGGCACCACUGACGUCCAGGAUCGUUCUGUCCCCGAAGCUGAUGUGGCCUUUCCCGCUGUCGCACCACCGGUCUUUGAAGAGUUCCAGCAACAGCCCACUCGAGAGCUGAUGCCAGACGCCUCAGUCGAAGCGUCAGCGGAGUCAACUACCGUAGUCGAGGAGGCCAAGAGCGUCCCAGAAGCACAAUCCGAGAGCAUUGAAGCCCAGCCAUUCAUCCUUGAACCGACCAUUCCGGAGGUACCUGUUGCAUCAUCUCCAAUCGCUAGAGAGCUGCCAUCGGAGGAGCCAUCGGAGCCUACAACGGGAACAACUGACUUGCGCGACGAGCAAACACUGUUUGAGCCUGUGGAAGAAAGUUCCCUUUCCCGCUCAAUGUCGAAGAAGGCGAAGAAGGCCAAAAAGGACCGGAAGUCUCUUGCUGACAGCGAGCUUUCUGGACCCGCUACGACUGCCAGUGAAGCCCCUUCAGAAAUUGUCACCGAGACACCCAUUGAGCAAGUCAUCCCUCAGCCAACUACCACCGAGACCACGAAGGAGUUGGUACAAUCUCCCACGCCAGCAGAAGAGAGUGCGCCGGUAAUCCCAAUAGUCGAGGAGACCCCAGUACCUGCCGUCGCCGAAGCUACUCCAGAAGACGACCACCGGAGCCUUGAGGAGCAGCAGCCUAUCGAGCCUAUCGAGUCCACCACGACGCACGAAGAAGCUCGUCAAGUCACGCAUGACGACUCUGUUCUAGUAAACGAGCCCUCCCCCUCUCUCAGGGCGAUCCAAGAUGAAGCUGCCGAUCUGCGACUCCGUGCAGAAGCACUCGAUGCUGAUGAGCCCUCCAUCAUCGAGCCCGCUUCCAUGUUCGAUAUCGUCAAAAAGCUCACGAAGAAGGGCGAGAAAAAGGCGAGAAAGAGCAAAGGCGACACUGACGCUAUGCCGACGACUCCUGCGGCCGAACCUGAGGCUGCGGUUGAGACGAAGGAAGUCGUCGAGACGCCCGCAUUCGUGUCUGCGCCGAUCUUGGCAGAAGAGCAAGUUGUCGACAAGGGAGAAGUUGUCGAAACACCCUCGCUGACAGAAGAUACCAUUGCGACCGAUGGGCCUUCUCGCAAACUGAGCAAGAAGGAGAAGAAAAAGAAGGGCAAGCAGCCUGCAGUCGAUCCAGUCGAAUCUUCCGAGACAGCAUCGCCGUCGAGCGCGCCGAUCGUUGAGUACCCAGAGCCAAUCGCCGAGCAGCCAACAGAGUCACCAUCAGUCGUCACUGGGCCUUCAGCAGACACUGUCGUGCCAGAGAAAACUCACCAGGCUUCCCGUUCCAUCGAUACUGAGCGAGUAGUACUUGAUGAGCCAGCUGCAGCCGACAUCCCGGCGUCAUCUACCCUCACCCAAGAUCUUCAACAAACACUUGUGGAAGAGGAACUAGUGCCUUCAAGGAAGCUUAGCAAGAAAGACAAGAAAAGGGCCAAGCAAGCUGCCGCGGUAGAGGAUGUUCCGUUCUCUACCCCGACUGAAUCUCGGGAAGUAGUUUUGCCUGACUAUGAGGUAGCUACGUCAGCGCCUGCACCUCUCAGUGAGGUUCUCCCUGCGACAAGUGUCGAGGCUUCCAAGGGGGCAGCUAUUGAGGAAGUCCCGGCUAUGACGCCGAGCCAACGUCAAGUGGAGACACAGGUCGAUACCUCAAUCGUUACACCAGCAGUGGUAAACACGGACAGUCUGCCACCACCAGUCGUCGAGCAACAAGAGCCAAUUCUCGAGGAGCCAUCUAUUCCAUCUCCUAAGCUCAGCAAGAAGGGCAAAAAGAGAGCCAAGCAAGAUACACUCCCCGCGCAGGAACCCGAGGCGCCCGUUACGGUAGACGCACCGUUACCCGAGACCAGUGAGCCCAUCGUUACGGAGAUACCGCACACAACCCAAGAGGUAUCCAGGGACACUUUCUCCCAUGGACCAGCGAUCGUCGAACUUCCAAUCGCGACGGACGUCAUGGAAGAGGCACCUCGGUCCGAGCCAUCUACUGUGCCACGAUUUGACCCAGAGCCAGAGGUUAAAGUCACCGAAGUCCAGCCCGAAUCGACUCCCAUCGACCUUGCCAUCAAGACUUCCAUUACGGAAAGCACCGAGCAGCCUCGUGAAUUCCCCGCUGUGCGUGAAACAGAACCAGAGUCUGCGAUUGCCCCGACUCUCGUACGCAAAGAGAGUAAGAAAGACAAGAAGGGGAAGAAGCAAGACCUGCUUGCUGAACAGCCUCUCACAUCGAGAAUCGACGAUGUAGUGGUCUCUGAAGACGUCCGAAUCGAAGAGCGUUCUCUUGACUCGUCAAGGCCUAAGGAGCAGCAAGUCACGGCUCCUAUGGACAUCCCAAAUGAGCCCACAGAAGAGAUUUCAAUCGCGCCGGUCCCGGAGAAGCAGCCUCAAGGGAUUGUUGCUCAGAGAGAACUUCCAGAAGAGCGUGUGACCUUCGACGCCCCAACGACUGAUGCCAUCCCUGAGGCCGAGACGACCCCCAAGAAGAGCAAGAAGCAGAAGCGCAAGUCAAAGUCUCCGACGACUUCAAGAGAGUCCGCUAGCGUUGCACCCAUCGUCCCGGUCGAGGAGACCGCCCCUGAACCGACUAUUGUGCGUCAGAUUGUGUACGACAACCGCCAAGAUACGAUCCGAGAACGCAGCCUUUCUCCCAGGAAAAGGCCUACAACACCGUCAACGCCCGGGUCGCCUGUAAUUGGAGCAAUUCUCAGCCAGCCGAAGAGGGAACACGUCAGGUCUAUGUCCAACGUCUCUAUCCCUGAUCUCCACGUCAGGGCCAGCGAAUCUGAUAGCACUACUCAGCACCCUUUGUUGCACAAGAAGUCAUCCAAGAAACACAAGUUGGCAGCUUUGUUUGAGCGCGGUAAAUCACCGGAUGGCGCUCCCGUGGAACGAGGUCUGCGAAAAGAAGGGUCGGGCAGUGUCCGAAACCUCGCCGAACAGUACGAAAGUCAAUCACGAUCUGUUACGCCCAUUCUACCCCCAUCUCCCGAGAAGCGAUACCUAUCUCGAUCCCCAUCGCCUGAGAAGCGUCAGCUCCAUUCUCGAGUUGCAUCUCGUAGUCAACUUGGCUUGGCAUCACCAGUGCGAUCAGAUUCGAAGUCGCCCGCAAGAGACAUAGACUUCGCAGCUACUGUCGCCGCCAGUUUGCAGGAGUCCGGUUUUGAUCCUGGAUAUGUCAUCAACGAUAGAGCUUUCCAUCGCUCGAACUCCAUAUCAGGAGCUCGCGAUAUCACGCCCGAUGAUGAUAUUGCCGCUGCAAAGGAAAGAGCCGGCAGAUCACGACUCGGUAGCUUGAGUCGCUCAUCAUCGGUCUCCGGCUCGCCAAAACUACGACCACUCCAAACUAGCGGACCCGAUGUUCUGCCACCCAUCGAAGUAGCAAUGGCAACGACUGACACUGCAUCGUUCGACCCACUGGAUGUGCUCAACGACCCCGCUUUUGCAACGCGAAAGUCACCUCCUGGUGUUCUUGAAGAAGCUGACCCUGAUGAGUUGGCCGGGUCGUCAAGUUUGAGAAGGAACAAGAGCAAGAAGAAGCGUCACCCGAUACCAGAAAUUCCAGUGGAAUCUGAACACACUCGCGAAAAAGCAGACGCUUCAGUUGCGCCGAUUGUUCGAGGCAAGAAGUCAAAGAAGGACGAAGAAGGAGCUCCACGUCCGCAAGACCGUGUUGAGUAUACAGCUGCAGAGACUCCGGCGAUCGAGGCUCAUCGAGAUGUGCCUCUCGCUGUUGAGACUCCAGCUGACUCCACAGUCCGCGGAAUUGAGCCUGCUCAGUCCGUGCCUCGCGCGCCAAACUCCACCGAUGUCCUUCCGGAGAUGCCAAUGCAAACAACAGGUUUGGAAGCCAAGUCUAUCGACGUCAAAGAGGAAGAUUCAAACAGACAAGACACGAUAGCGAAGAAGGAGAGGCCCAGGAAGUCAGCGAAGGACGCCAAACCUGCAGCCACUGACGAUGUGCCCGUACUGCCCGUGACAUUCGAUCAGGAAGCCCGUUCACUGACCGCUGGAGAGCCGAAGGAAUAUCCAUUUCCACAGGUGACGCAAGAAAAGGAGAUCGAGAGGAAGGAGGAGACGCGCAGGCGGGAGUUGGAGAAAGAGAGGGAUAUGGAUGCAUGGGCUCCAUCGCCAAGAAAGAAGAGCAAAAAGAGCAGGAAGACUGAAGAGAGGGUUGAGGGAGAGUCGAGCACCGCGUCGAGGGACGCACCACCAGCCGAGACACCAGCUGCCGUUCCUGAAGUUCAUAAGCGCAGGACACACCCUGUAUCCUUUGACGAUGAGCAGCCGGACGAGAAGCGCCUACACACAUUGGAGUCCACACAAGAGCCUCAAUUCACCACUGAGAGAACAGCAUCACCAGCGCAUGUUGUCGCAUCAGAACGCUCACACUCCGACAAGCGCUCCAAAGAAGCCAAAUCAUCAACGCAUGGUGCAGCACCAGCCAACGAGCCAUCAUGGUCAUUCGCCGAAGUUCGAGACGACAGCAGUCGGGACCCCGCCACUGCACAGACAGCACAGCCAGUCGAGAAGGCAACACGUACGCUGAGGCGGUCGAAGGAACCGAAGACUCCUCUGGGUGCAUCAAAACGCUCGAUUGCAACUGACCAAGAUGCCGAAGACAGCCCUGCUUUGCCAACACACCCAGUGAUUUCUGGCGCGACAACCCCAGGCACCGACUUUGCGACGAAGGAGCGAACCUCGUACCUUUUCGAUUCCUCGCCAUCAACACGCGCCUAUGGCACUUCACCAGCAGUUGGGCUGCAAACACCCGCUCAUGAUACUCAGAGAAUUGAUGAUACUCCGUCGAAAGACAAAGGCAAGAAACCACGCACAGAGUCGCAGCACGGUCGAACAUCGCCUACGAAGCAGAUUGCACAGAAGGAGCCAUACCAAUCCUUGUUUGGAGAUCCAAAUGAGAAGAAGGGUGAGACCCUUUCCACGCCUGUCGCGAAGUCCGAACGCACGCCAGGCACCAAGCAACUCGAGUCCAUUGAGGAAGUCAGCCCGGAUGACACCAAGCACAAAAAGUCACGAUCCAUCGCUGAUGUCGGCGCGCCAGAGCGAGGACUCAAGUCAGCUCGUCGCACCGAGAGUCUCAGGCAACUUUCUGAUCGCCUGAGAUCACCUCCGCCCAGCACGCCAACGCCCACGGGUCGUCGAAGUGUGGCAUCCAUGGCAGACAACUCGGGUGGAAGAGAUUCACCAUGGUCACAGGUCAACGACAGCGUUGACCGAACCAUGACCCUCAGCCCCGCACGCCGCAUGCCUCGCUCAUCUCCGAGCGCAGACCCGUUGAAGCAGUACAUUGCUGAGCAGCGGUCGCCCAGUGUCCAAAGUCAGCGUUCUCUGAGCAACAUCGCGAGGCUUAGGUCUCCGGAUCAGGAACGUCCUAUGAGCUCUAUGAGCAACAUCAGCACACGUUCAGAUCGGUCGUUGAGAAGAGUGGACCGGCAAACGUCAGGUGACCUCAGAUCAGCCUCGAGGCUUGGCGAGGCCAGUGCGCAAGACGCUAAGAGCGCGCAACCCAAUCUCUCCAGCACGGCGCUCGCGGCUGGAGCAGCAGCCAUCGCAGGUAUCGCCGCCCCACCGGUUUACGACCCAGUCCGGGGUACAGGUAGAGGUCGCCGUACCAGUAUGGCCGAAACCUUUGUAAGUAGUUCGCAGUUGUUGCGCACGUCGCUUCUGAUUACUGACUGUCUUUUGCAGGAAGCAUGGGGUGAAGCCCAAAGGUCGCCUAGCUCGCCCUCACGUCCACCAAGCGUGCGCAAACGUCAAAGCAUGCAAAUUAUGGACCUCCAGACGCAACUUGACCAGCUAGCUGCGCAAAACUCAGCUGUCGAGACCGCCAAAGCCAAGGCUGAGGAGGCUUUGCAGGCUGCACAACACCAGCGCCAAGUUGACGAGCAGUUGGUACUUGAAGAAGUAGAAGCACGUGACCGUCAGAUUCACCAAAGAGAUAUCGACAUUGCGCAACUCAAGGAUACGCUUCAGCGACUACAAGAAGAGAUUGCGCGCCUGAAUCAACUCAACAACGCACUAACAGACGCCAAUCGCAACCUGACCAACGAUGCCAAUGAACGAUAUGGCCAACUCCAGUCCGAGGGACAGAUGGUGCAUGAGCAAUGGCAGGCAUCACAACGAGAGCUAGAGAGCCUUCGCAGUCAAUACGCUCAGCUUCAGGCUGAAGGCCAGGCCAUGCAACAGCAAUGGCAAACAUCACAACGAGACUUGGAGGAACUUCGUCGUCAGCAUACCCAGAUGCAGCGAGGUCUCGCAGAUGCCGUCCGCGAUGAAGUUGGCGAAGCACUAGAUGAGCGCAAUGCCGAAAUCGACCGUCUAACCGCAGAGCUGGCGACUGCACGCGAACAGAUCAAGAACCUUCAAAAGCAGAUCUUGGCUUCGAAGAAGCCUAGUGAGAGCUUCCUCACUGUUCGCGAUGAAGACUACUUUGACAGCGCCUGUCAACAACUGUGUCAACAUGUACAGCAGUGGGUGCUGCGCUUCUCCAAGUUCUCUGACACUCGCGCAUGCCGCCUUUCAUCAGAGGUCGCAGCUGAUACACGACUGGAUGCAUCAACGCGUCAGAAAAUCGACACUCGCCUUGACAAUGCCAUUCUCGAUGGCUCAGAUGUCGAUUCACUCUUAGCGGACCGUGUCAAGCGCCGAGACGUCUUCAUGUCCGUGGUUAUGACCAUGAUCUGGGAGUACGUCUUCACCAGGUACCUAUUCGGUAUGGACCGAGAACAGCGCCAGAAACUCAAGGCGCUGGAGAAGACACUUUCAGAGGUCGGCCCACCACGCGCUGUGGCACAAUGGCGAGCUAUCACACUUACCCUUCUUGCGAGAAGAGAGCCUUUCAUGCAGCAACGCGCUCAGGACACUGAAGCUGUCGUGCACGAGAUCUACAGCACACUCUCGACACUUCUUCCACCACCAUCGCAUCUGCAGCGCCAGAUCCAGGAGUCGUUGCGCAAUGUCAUGCGCUUGGCAGUGGAGCUAUCAAUUGAGAUGCGCACGCAACGCGCAGAAUACAUCAUGCUACCGCCGCUACAACCCGAGUACGAUACCAAGGGCGAUCUCGUCGCCAAGGUUACUUUCAACGCCUCUCUCAUGAACGAGCGGUCAGGCGAGACGACGUCGAAUGACGAACUCCAAGCCCGUGGGUCGGUAGUCAAGAUUGUACUGUUUCCCCUAGUCGUAAAGAAGGGCGAUGACUUCGGCGAAGGCGAGGACGAGAUUGUCGUCUGCCCAGCCCAGGUCCUGGUCGCCGGAACCAAGAGCAGGAAGGUAGUGAGGGUCAUGAGUGGAGCGAUGUCGAUCAAUCGUCCCGACUCACGAGCAAGUCGCAUCAGUCGGGUAACGAGCGUCGCGCCCCCUGAGAGCACGAUCAUGGACUACGAGCAACCCGGUAGCAACAUGAUCUAG